AUGGCCUCCAUCCUCGUGUGCUUCACUUUCCUGUUUCAAACUGUGAGUUUUGCGAGCCUUCUGAUUGAUAUCUAUGAAUCGAAUAUAUUUGCAGGUGAAUGGUUUGGAGAGCAGUUUUCCGCUGACUGUCCUACCGUUGAAGUUCAAUGAGAAUCCGACGAAUCACAAUAGAUUAUACUUCACAGACGACAGUAUCAACUUGUAUUUCAGUCAGUUCACCCUCUCCUUACUCCCUCUCUCCACUCCAGUUUUCCAGAAUAUUCCGGCUAUUCGCCCGUCAACUCCUCCUCUCCUCCAGCUUUUGGACUGGCCACUCCGGACACGGACUGUGAGGUCAUCGACACUCUUUGCCCUCAAUUGACACGUGUCUUCCACGUCACCGUCGGCGGAUCACCCCGAUUGGCCGUUUGGAGUGAAGUGAAGAACAACGACACUCUGGAGAUUCUGGAUGAGGCCGGCUAUGUGGGCGCUUGGCCCGGAUAUUGUGGAACUGCGAACGGGGCGCUCGUCGAAAUGUUCUCUCCGAUUCUGCAAACGUAUCGGUACGUGACGACGAACGAAGAGGUGCUGAAGGCCAGAUGGAACGAGGACAGAAUGUUCUGGAGGCCGACCAAGGUGCUCGGGUAUCUGUUCAAUGCGACCGAGCCGGAGAGAACUGUGUGAGUGAGCUGGAUACCCACAUCUCAUUCCAUGCUUUUUUUUUCAGGAAAUAUCCGUUUAACUCGAUCCGUCCGUACGAAAACGUCGUCUUCGUAAGCACCCGUCUCUCUUGCCACGUCAUCUCCUUCUCUACAAUUUUCAGAAUAAAAUCUCCGUGGCUCUUCGUCCCAUAAUCCGCGUGAAAAGCGCCGAAGGACUGGUCGCAUUCACUGUUUCGUUCCAGAACAACAAUUACCUGACGGACUACAAAUUCGACAAAGUCUUCAAUGUUUCGCUGAUCGAUGAGACCACAAAUUUGACGGUGAUCGGGGACGCGUGCGGGAAAAUGAGUCUUCUGUACGAGAUAUUCAAUUCGGAGACGAAGGCGUACCGACUGAAAAUGCUGAAGGAGGUGGGAGAAAACGAAGAGGUUCGUGGACGGAACGGGAAGAAUUCCGAUGUCAUCUGAAUGUUUUCAGGCGGUUCGGAGGGCGGGAUACGUGUUCCGGGAGGAGUCGUCCGCACGUCGGUGUCUCGGAGAAAUCCUUUCGAUCAACGAAUUCCAGAACCCGGAGAAGCCGUCAGAAAUAUACUACGCCUCGUCGAUUGACGAGAAGACCGAGUACAGUUUGGUGAAGAAGUGGACUAAUCUCGGACAGAUCGGAUUUUCCAGCUGGGGAAACUUCGCGUUUGCUAAACGAUGAAGAGCUGCGAUAA